CCGACUGGUUGGUCGAAGCGGCUGGAAAAUACAGUUUGAGGCCACUCAACAUGAAUAUUUUCCUUAUAGUUUAAAUAACUAUUUAAAGUGAUCUGUCUUUUAGCAAAUUAACACGUCUAAUUAAAAUUCAAUAUGUCCUGACACGUCACUAACACAUCACAGGAUGUUGGUUGGUUACAGUAGCAGCAGCAGCUCGGAGGAGGAAAGUGAGGCGGCGGCAACAGCGACUCAACACAGAAGUUUGUCACGAAAGUGUCAAGAGGAAGAUGGUGGUAACGACGACAGCCCAGAGAAAAAGAAACCCAGAAUUGAGGAACAGGUCCCUAAGACAAGGCUGCCUCUCCCUGGUUGCCUGUUGGCCAUGUUUCCAGAUGAAGUGGACCCACAGACUGAGGACAGCUCCCUUCAUGGUGGACGCCUCCGCUCCUUCAAACAUGAGAGAGGCAACUGGGCCACUUAUGUUUAUUUUCCAUACAAUGCUGAGGAGGAGUUUGGGGAGUUAUUGGAGGAGCUGCUGUCAUUAGCCAGGGCCCGUGGUGUGGUUUUGACCCCGCAGGAGGAGUUCCACCUCAGCCUGUCUCAGACAGUGGUGCUCAGACAUCACUGGAUCCAACCCUUCACCCAGAGCCUCAGGGCAGGCCUUGUGCACUGCAAGAGGUUUGUGUGCUCAGCGGGCAGACUGAAGGUCUAUUGUAACGCUGAGAGGACGAGGACAUUUCUGGGGAUGGAAGUGUGUACUGGGCAUGCUCAGCUGUUGCACCUGGUCCAAGUAGUGGACAGAACAAUGACAGAGUUUCACCUGGAGACUUUCUAUAAGGAUCCAUCUUUCCACGUGAGUCUGGCCUGGUGUGUUGGAGACUUGACAGAACAGAUGAAGGAGUGCAUACAGGGGAUGCAGAGUCUGGUCGAUGACCACGAAGAAGGACCAUAUGUGCUAAGGCUGGACUGCGAGGAGCUGCGCUGCAGGACGGGAAACAAGGUCUUCCGCUUCCCUCUGGAGCCUUAAACUUUGACAUAUUUAUACCCUGUCCCCUGGACCUUUAAAGCUGUGUUCCCCUGAGCCACAUAAAUGAGCUGGAAACUCAUUUAGUGGCACAAUGACAAUAUUUUGUAUUCUUUUAAAGAGUGCUGAUAGAUAUGUGGCGUGUCUCAACAAAGACAAUCAAGCCAAAUUAUAUGAUGUAUUCUAAUAUUGUAUAUAAAUAAAGUUACUACUGAUUUUAUACUUA